AUGACACUAGCUGCGUUUCUCUUGUCAGGCGAUCUCUCAGAAGGCGAGGAGUUUCGCAGAGAGCUACCCAAAUCAUCAUUCAGUCCUGGAGAACUAGCACGAGAAAGCAGAUGCAAUGGUCGCAGCAGCACCAUCGGAGACCACGUAGUGUCCUCCACUAUUCACAGCCACCCACCCUUUGAGAAUGGAGAACACAUCCGACUCGUCGCCCGUGUAAAAGAGCGUGUAAAGACUGACAUCUCACCGGUGCUGCAGAUCUACAACAACGAGCUCGACCUCCUUGAUGAAGAUGAUGCCGCAACUGCACCCACGUACUCUAAUAUUCAGGCCGCACUGUACAGACACAGAGCCAAGUCCAUCCCACCACUGCCUGAGAGCAGGGCUGGCGUCACUCUAGAAGGAAUAUGGACCCAGACCGAUGAUGGCCGAGAGUUCCUCUGUGUAGACGACGGUGAAGAUGACAGACUUUUGCUGUUUGCUACAACCGAGAUGCUGGAAUUAUUGAGCGACGCUGACAUUCUCUUUAUGGAUGGUACAUUCUUUGUGUGUCCUAACCUGUGGCUACAAGUGUACAUCAUUCAUUGUCUGGUGAAUGGUAAAAUGUUUCCUGUCGCUUUUGCGUUGCUUCCCAACAAGACCAAGCGGACGUAUGUUAGGCUUUUCACUUUGCUGAAGGAUAUUGUUGUGAGACGACUUGGCAUCGAACUUUCACCAGAAAUAUUCCAGAUCGACUAUGAAGCAGCAGUUAUCAGUGCUAUUAGUGAAGUCUUCCCCGACAGUUCCGUCCGAGGUUGCCUAUUCCAUUAUUCUCAAGCUUUGUGGCGUCAAGUUUUGGAGAGGGGACUGUCUCGCGACUACAUGAACAACCCAGCAGUCCAAGCCCACGUUCGACGAGCAGCUGCUUUGCCACUCCUUCCCCUGAACCAGGUCCAAGAUGCUUGGUUUGAAGUCAUCGAGCAGUCUCCCGACGGCGACAGAGUAGCAGCCUUCAACGACUACGUCACCAGCACCUGGGUUGAAGAUGAUGCCAAGUUCCCAGCACACAUCUGGAACCAGCACGAAAACACAGGCCCGCGCUCAAACAACCAUCUUGAGGGAUUCCACUCUGGCUUGAAGAAACGCAUACCCCGAUCACACCCCAACAUCUACCAAUUCGUAGAGGAGCUCAAGAAGAUCGAGAAGGCAGACAGGCGCACAAGACGACAGUUUGGACUUGGAGGAGCAAGGAGACCACGAGCACGUGUAGACCGUGAUCGAGAUCAGAGGAUCGAGAGACUCAAGGUGCAGCUUUCCACCGGUGUGAAGUUCAGAUGCAGUUCCUUGAUGCUGUUGGCCACAUCCUCAAGCUAA